UUUCUACGUUUAUCGUCGGGUCAAAGUUUUGUUCUUCCAUAGCCCCAUCCAUCAACAUCUGUUCACGACUCACCAGUGAUUUGAUCGAUUCUGCAGUGAUCUUUGAAACAUGGCUUCAUGGACUCCUAAAAUCGCCAAAGAUGUUACUGAACUAAUUGGGAACACUCCGUUAGUAUAUCUAAACAAAGUAACUAAAGAUUGUGUUGGCCAUGUUGCUGCUAAGCUCGAGAUGAUGGAGCCAUGCUCUAGCGUCAAAGACAGAAUUGGUUAUAGUAUGAUUGCUGAUGCAGAAGCUAAGGGUCUUAUUAAACCAGGAGAGAGUGUGUUGAUUGAGCCAACAAGUGGGAAUACUGGAGUUGGAUUGGCAUUUGUAGCUGCUGCAAAGGGUUACAAGCUUGUUAUCACAAUGCCAGCUUCAAUGAGUAUAGAGAGAAGAAUCAUUCUCUUAGCAUUUGGAGCUCAGCUGGUUCUUACUGAUCCGGCCAAAGGCAUGAAAGGAGCUGUUGCAAAGGCGGAGGAGAUUUUGGCGAAAACGCCUAAUGGUUAUAUGCUUCAACAGUUUGAGAAUCCUGCCAACACAAAGAUUCACUAUGAGACUACUGGACCUGAGAUAUGGAAAGGUUGUGGUGGAAAAGUUGAUGGCUUUGUUUCUGGUAUUGGUACUGGUGGUACCUUAACAGGUGCUGGCAAGUAUCUCAAGGAACAGAACCCAAACAUAAAGUUGUAUGGUGUCGAGCCCGUUGAAAGCCCCAUCUUGUCAGGUGGAAAGCCAGGACCCCACAAAAUCCAAGGUAUAGGUGCUGGUUUUAUUCCAGGCAUAUUGGAUGUUGAUCUUAUGGAUGAAGUUAUUCAGGUUUCAAGUGAAGAAUCCAUUGACAUGGCAAGGCUUCUUGCUCGGGAAGAGGGUCUGUUAGUGGGAAUCUCAUCUGGGGCAGCAGCUGCGGCAGCAAUCAAACUUGCGAAGAAGCCAGAAAAUGCUGGGAAGCUUAUAGUGGUGGUAUUCCCGAGUUUUGGUGAAAGAUACCUAUCGACCGUACAGUUUGAUGCAACAAGGAAAGAGGCAGAGAAGAUGACCUUUGAGCCCUAAUCUGAUGUGUUUAUCUUUCCUUCCAGCGAAUCUUCUUUUUGAUUGGACUUGGAUAUACCAAAUAAAUGACUCAAAGGUAGCUUCGUCUGCUUUUGUGAACAAUCCGUUACUUUCUGAAUAUUUGUGCAAAACUAGACAGUCACAAGAGGACCACAACAUGGAUACUUAAUAAAAAGCCAUAAAAAAAUCACCAAUUCAGUCAAAAUAAGUGGUGCAGAGCUCAUU